AUGGGGAUAGCAGAUGCAUGCUCCAGGUUCCUUGGGGACUUUUUACAAGCAUUCAAAUGCUCCCCACAGAGCUCAGUGUCUUCUCACCUUGAUCACAAUCGUCAUGCAUGCAAGCCUGAGAAGAUGGUGAAACUUGAUGCCAAGAUGGUCAGUGCCCUUGUCACUGUUUUUGGCAUGGAAGCCAAUGGAAGAAUCAGGAAGGAAAGUGCAAGGGAAGUGGUGGAGAAGCUUGGUUUGAUGUAUGAGAAGGCCUCGUCAGGGUUUGAGCUAGGUGAGGGUGGGUUGAUGGAUGAUGAAGUGCCUGUGGAAGAGGUGCUUGGUGAGUUGGAGGACAUGUCAAAGCGCAGUGAGUUAUUGCAUGAGGCCUUCAAAAUCUUUGAUGAGGAUGGAGAUGGAUACAUAGAUGCAAUGGAGUUGAAGAGGGUGCUUGAUUGCUUGGGUUUGGACAAGGGUUGGGAUAUGAAGGCCAUUGAAAAGAUGGUGAAAGUUGCAGAUUUGAACUUUGAUGGCAAGGUUGAUUUUGGUGAGUUUGAAUUGAUGAUGGGGUAG